UACCUGACAUCAACUCAUUUUAGGGCUGAGCUCAACCGUACUCCACCUCAAGAAAUCCCUAAAUUAUCAUCUUCUUUUUUCAAUUCUGGCAAUCAAUAGACGUUGUUGAAGAAAAGCCAGGAGCCCUAACCCAAAUCACUCAACGUCUCUCCAACGACCUAGGCCCCUGAGAAGAUGAGCCAGCUGUCCGAGCAACACGCAAGCGAUCAUGCAAAAGGGAUUGAGGUUUUUGUUGGUGGGUUGCCUCGGACCAUCGAUGAAGAGAAAAUUCGCCAGGCAUUUUCCGAUUGCGGUGAAAUAGUUGAAGUUCGCAUGAUAAAGGACCAGAAAGGCUAUUCGAAGGGAUUCUGCUUUGUGAGAUUUUCGACGAAAGAAUCCGCAGCAAGAGCUGUGAAGGAAAAAACUGGAAUAUUGCUAGAUGGGAAGAAGAUUGGAGUGCUUCCAUCAAGUGAGCAAGAGACUCUAUACUUCGGAAAUUUGAACAAAGGUGCUGCAUUUAUCCAGUAUGGAGAUGCAUCCACUGUAUGGGCUUGGACUGCCGAUGAAUUUAAGAGAAUGGUGCUGCAGAUUUUCCCAGAUAUUGAAUCCGUUGAUCUUUCAAUGAGUAAUGACGCACCAGGUCAAAAGCCGCGAAACCGUGGUUUUGCCUUCGUCAAGUUUUCCUCUCAUGCUGCUGCUUCACGCUCUCUACGAGUGGGCUCUCAACCAGAGUUUCGUCUUGGAAGUGUGCACCCAAUUGUUCAGUGGGCAGAAGACUCUGAAAUUGAUGCAAAAGAACUUGCUAAGGUGAAAGUAGCCUUUGUGAGAAAUUUGCCUGCUGAUGCCGAGGAGAAAUAUUUAAGUCAAUUAUUUGACCCCUACGGGAAGGUUGAGAGAGUGGUGGUGUCCAAAAAAGGUAGCUCAUCUGUUGGGUUUGUUCAUUUCACUGAGAGAUCGGAUCUUGAGAGAGCCGUCGAUGAACUGAACGGGAAAACAGUCAGAGGACCUAGGGAAGGCCAAGAGUAUGUAAUCCAGGUUGAAGUUGCGAGACCUAUGGAGAAAAGCAAGAAGCGAGUUCGUGAGUAUCCAGAAAAUACUUCUUCUAUUUCUGACCAAUCUAAAAUAUUAAGAUCAAGUAUCCAUAAUUCCCACAUCUCGAGGGAAUUGGAGCCUGCUGAUCCUUACGAGGAUGCCGUAAUAGCGUUGCCUUUAGCUGUUAAAGAGCGGUUGCUUCGAAUCCUACGACUUGGAAUUGCCACCAGAUUUGAUAUUGAUGUCAACAGUUUACGCACUCUCAAGCAAUUACCCGAGCCUAUUGCUAUAUCCGUUCUUGACCAGUUUAUGAUAUCAGGAUCAGCUUCACACAAUAAGUCAGCAUACCUAGCUGCAGUGAUCUCUGAACACCUAGUCGAUAAAGUGGGACCGGAUCAGAGCUUGGUCAGUUUGUUGCGAGCUGAGGAUGCUACUAGGAGCGAAUACAAGUCAUUCAACCUCUCGAAUCAUUUGUCAUCCCCCGUUGGUUCCUUUACAUCUCAUGUAGACACUACAGCUAGGCAUAACAUUUACCAUUCAUCGCAACACCCGGAUUAUCCUUUAUCUAGUCGAGCAAUGUUAAGAAGAGCAAAACAGAGAGGCCGAUCUCCGUAUGAAUCCGAGAGCAUCCCGAUUCCGAGAACAAUACGGGAUGAAGGAAGCCGAUCUCGUUAUGUGCCCGAGACCAUCCCGAUUCCAAGAACAAUACUGGAGGAGGGAAGCAGUUCUCGGUUCGAGGUAACUCCACCACACCCCAGAUCUUAUGGCAGGGUAGCAAUACAAACCGCGGAGCGACAUCUAUCUCCACCCCAAGCAGCACCAAGUUCAUCUUAUGCUAGAUUAGAUCCGAGUUUGAUCUCCGACGUUAGAGGUGGUUCCAGACAGCAAGCGUCUCGACCUCAGAUGAGAUUCGAUCCAUACACUGGUGAGCCCUACAAGUUCGAUCCUUUUACCGGGGAACCAAUAGUUCAUCCAGGCAAUCCGGAGCACCACUUCUAAGGCUAUUUUGGUUUAUGUUAUUUUUCUACUGUAAUACUAUUAGUCGAUGAUUGGCUGUGCUAGCAUUCCUGUUACUUACUGAUUUUCAUUUCAGUGCUCCUGGAAUUUUUCAACGUUUAUAUGGAAUUAAACGUUCAGACA